UCUUCGUGGAAGUGAUGAAACUCUGAGCAGACCUGAUUAAACUCAUCGUCUGAGGCUAUAAAAGCCCCAGGCUGUCUGUCAGCAGCCACCAUCACCUCCAGGAACCUCAGGUCGGUCUUGAUCCUCUGCAGCCAUGAAAUUCUCCCUUGUUGCCGCUCUCUUAAUGCUUCUGGCUUUUGCCUACAGCUCCGAGGCGAGGACACUGGUGAGACGGGACGUCCAGUCUGACGUGGACAAGAUCAGCCAGCUCUUCAGGGACAUGUCCACCAGCUUGUCCUCUGCAACACAGGACAUGGUGGACAGGAUGAAGACUAUUGAGAUGACCAACAACGCUCAGAUCCAGCCCCUGAUGGAGUCGGUCCAGGCCGAGGCCACCAAGCUGCAGGAGCAGGUCAAGCCCUACUUCAGCAACAUCGAGGAGCAGAUGAAGCCCCUGAGGGACAGCCUGCAGACCCAGGUCAAACCUCUGGCUGACCUGAUGGAGAAGUUCCUGCAGGACAUGGUGGACCAGUCCAAAGCCCUGCUGCCUCCUCAGUGAACCAAGAACUGAACUGUCUCACAUGGUAGAACUGCACCAUUAAACGGGCCUGAAAGCCAGACGUCUCAAUCA